ACGCUCAACAUCUACAACACGCUGCUCAUCGGCCGCCUCAUCCUCACGUGGUUCCCGAGCCCGCCGAGACAGAUCGUGUACCCGCUCGCGACGCUGUGCGACCCGUACCUGAAUUUGUUCCGCGGGAUCAUCCCGCCCAUCGGAGGCACGAUCGACCUGUCGCCGAUCCUGGCGUUCACGGUGUUGAACGUGUUCACGAAC